ACCAUGCCUGGGAGAGAGCUGCUGCUGCUGGUGGCAAUGGUGACUCUGGUUGCUGCCGGAGGGGCAGAGCUGAAUGAACGGGGUGGCCUGAGAAGGCCAGUGUGUGAAGACCUGGUUCGCCUGCAGGCCUGCCCCCUCCUGUACUUGCCCAUCUGUGGGACCGAUGGGAAUACCUAUGCCAAUGAAUGCCAGCUCUGUGUGGAAAAAAUGAAAACCAGACACGACAUCCUUAUUUUGAAAGAUGGGGAGUGUCAAGAUACCUGAGCUUUCUGAUGGCUUUCUU